UCUUGGAGCACAGUUGGAAUUUAUCCGAUGACAAAGGCAACGAAUAGGCUUCGCUUAAGCAUUAAGGGCUCUGAAAAGGUUACAAUUUAUUUCUUUCUACAUCUAUACAAUACAAUGACUUCAUUGCCCUUCGAACAUUCACCAACCCUGAUAAACAAAUAAGAAAUCAAAAUAGAAGAGAACAGCAUAAUAUGACAAUGGUCGCUAGGCAUCAGUGAAAUAAAUAUGCUGGAUUUCAAUCAGGCCACAAUUUAAAAGGGAAAAAUGGUUCUUAAAAAUACAGCUGAAUGUAAAUUAUCUACUGUGUGGCACCUCUUAAGGGCUCUUCCAUGCAAACCCAGAGGACAUCCAUUAGCCUCAAUGGCUUUUACAGGGCUAAAAACAUUGGCAGCUCCAUGGACUCAAUCAAUAGCAUCUCUGCAUUAUCGUUUACCUAACACCCAUCAUCGUUUCACUAAUAUUCAUUUAUCUACAUUUUCAACUAAUGCCGCAAUCCAGCCGUUCGGAGUGGGUAACCUCUGUAAAACUCAGAAGGGAGAAAGCAGCGUGGCAGUCUUGUCUGAUUUGGAUGAGGUGUGCAGGAUAAUAUCCGAAAAUUCGGAUGCAGGUAAGGACAUGGAGUCUGCCCUAGAAAAAUACGGUGUUCAGGUGUCCACAGAACUAGUUGACAAAAUUCUGGAGAGGUUCCGGUUUCAGGAAAAGGUUGCUUUUAGGUUUUUCACAUGGGCCAGUCAACAAAAUGGCUACAGGCAUGAAUCCCAUACGUUCAAUGAGAUGAUCGAUAUACUUUCUAGUACUAAGUUCAAGUCGAAGCAGUUUGCUAUUAUUUGCGACUUGUUGAAACUUAUGAAAAGAAGCAGUAAUUCUAGGUUACCCAUUGAGGCAUUUGCCAAGGUACUGAGGGAUUAUACAGAAAAACAUCUUAUAACUCUGAGAAAAUUUGCAAAUAAGAAGAAAGGAAAGAUCAAGGCCAACCCUGAAGUCAAUGCAUUGAACAUGCUUCUGGAUGCGCUUUGCAAGUGCUAUUUAGUUUCUGAGGCCCAAGCUUUGUUUGAUAAGUUAAGGAUUAAAUUUAAACCAGACGACAAGACUUAUUCUGUUCUUUUCUUCGGAUGGUGCACUGUUAGAAAACCGUAUAAGGCUAUGGAGAUUUUGAAUGAAAUGAUUGCUGUGGGUCAUGAUCCUGAUAAUUUCACUUACAAUACUUUGCUUGAUGCAUUAUGUAAGGAUGGACAUGUGGGAGAGGCCUUGAAAUUUUUUAAUUUUAUGAAAGCAAAAGGGUGCGCCCAGUCUGUACCUACUGCAAAGACUUACAGCAUCCUGAUUGUUGCAUUUAGCCAGUUAGGAAGAAUAGAGGAAGCCUUGGGACUUCUUAGUGAGAUGAGAGAUAGUAGAUGCCUUCCCGAUGUCCCGACGUACACUGAAAUAAUUAAAGGAUUUUGCAGUGCAGGAAAACUUGAGGAAGCCUUUAAGCUUUUGGAUGAAAUGAGAGACAAAGGGUAUCCUCCGGACAUUGUUACUUACAAUUGCUUUAUGAAAGUGCUGUGCAACCUUAAAAUUGUAAAUGAGGCCCUUAGACUUUUUGAUAGAAUAACAGAUGUAGGUUGCCUGCCAAGUAUUCACACGUACAACACGUUGAUAAAGAUGUUCUGUGAGAUGGGUCAACUGCAUAUGGCCUUCGACUUAUUCCAUGACAUGAAUAAACCAGGGGUUUGUUCACCAGAUGCAUUCACGUACUGUACUUUGAUCAAAGGGCUCCUUGAAAAUGGCGAAAUAGAAGAGGCCUGCUCAUGUUUGAAGGACGCUGUACGGAAUAAUUUGAGACUCCCAUACCAUGCCUAUGAUAACUUCUUGAUGGAGCUUUCAAAAGCCGGUGACCUACGAAGGAUCCAGUGGCUUUCAGGUUACAUGAGACAUUUUUAUUAUCAUAGACAAUCCAGGCGCUUUCAUAAGGCUCAGAGAUGGAGGAAAGGAGGGGACAAUAGAUGACCAUUUAUGGCCACUUUAAAAAGUAUCAUGAAAGAAUAUCAAUGUUUGUCCAUCCAUUUUUCCUUUUCCUGCCAGGCUGCCAGCAAUUUCAGGUGAAAGUACAACUCUAUCUUGAGAACAUAGAUAUCUUGUUUUGUAAACUACAUUGUUCCAGUGUCUCAAAAUCAGUGGUGAUUUUCUUUUGUUUUUUAAAUGCUUCAAGUAACAUGUCUCCGAGGGGCAGUACCACACAACAUUGAUAUUUUUUUGCUUAAAUGCCAAGUCUAAGGGUGAUCUAUUCUACCAAAGUUGGGAGGGUGGACAAGUGCAAGCAGGCAGACCUUGACUGACUAUAAUACUUGCGAGGUAGUGUGAAAUACGCAUUACAUUCAAAGUUGCAUGGACUGGGAUAUGGAUACAGAUACGGAUACGACCAUUUUUGAAGACCCUCAAUAUGUAUUUCGCAUGGUUGGAAAAUCAAGGUUGUUUGGGCUUGGUAUCCGAUGUGCAUCCACACUGUAUCAGACAUGGGGAUACAUGCGCCUGGGGAGGGGCAGAGGUGUAUUCGGCUACUCUGAUUACAUUGGGCAUGGUAUCUGAUGUGCAUCCACACUGUAUCAGAUAUGGGGAUACAUGCACCUGGGGAGGGGCAGAGGUGUAUCUGGCUACUCCGACUACAUUUCCUUUAAAAAAUUGGCAGCCAAAAAGAAUCAGUUUUCUUGAUUGUAGUUUUGUGGAUAGCCAUGCUGUUGCAGUCAUGAAAGUUGGUCUUUGUGUUUUGUAGUAUUCAUCAAUGACUGUAUCAUUAUAUAUAUAUGUUUAUGUUGGACCUAAUUUAUCUGAAGCUUUGACCAUGUUGGUAAUGUAGGUUGUCCAAAUCUGAUUCUGAUAUCUCUGAAUCACGCCCCUAAAAUGGUCUCCUAA